AUGUCUGUGAACCGGGUCCAUGCCACAAACCCGGAGCAGUCUGCAGAGUACUCAGUGGAGUACUCAGUGCAGGUUCCCAGCGAUCCGGGUCACGGAGCGGCCCGGACGCGUGAGGUGACGGUGCUCCAGCCGGGCUGCUGCAGCUGCCUGCCGCGCGCGGUGCGCCUCACCUUUGCGCCUGAGUCACUGGAGAGGACUUACCAGACCUACUUCCGCCGCCAGAGACAAGAGAACCUGCCGGUGCUGGUGAUCUUCGCUGCCCUCUUCAACAGCUUCAUCAUCAUCAUGUGCGCGGUGGUGUACACCGAGGACAAACUGGCCAUGGUGGUGGUGGCUGCUGUGGCGCUGGCUGCGGAUAUUGUGCUCUACGUGCUGUGCUGGAAACAGAAGCUCCCCGCGUCACCUGUGUCACGCGGGGCAGUGCCGUACAUACUGUGGCUGAUGGUCACCGUGCAUGUGUUGUGUUACAUGGGGCUCAACUAUGAGCGUUUCCCCCAGGCCAGUGACUCUGUGGGCUGGCAGGCGUUCUUCAGUUUCUCCAGUUUUCUGACUCUGCCGCUGAACCUGGUGCCUCUGCUGCUGCUCACAGCGCUCUCCUGUGGGAUACACACCCUGGUGCUGGGGGUGACCGUGGCUCAGAGGUUUGAGGAUAACCUGCAGGGGCCCAUGCUGGUGAGACAGCUCCUGGCCAACGUGAUGUUGUACCUCUGCGCCGCCACACUAGGUGUGCUGUCGUACUACAUGGCGGACAGGAAGUACCGGACAGCUUUUUUGGAGGCCCGUCAGUCACUAGAGGUCAAAUUCACGCUGGAGGAGCAGAGCACCCAGCAGGAGGAACUAUUACUGUCCAUCCUGCCCAAGCACAUCGCUGAUGAGAUGCUGCAGGGCAUGAAGAACCAGGCUGAUCAGAACGAGGUCCAGCAGCAGCAGUUUAACACCAUGUACAUGUACCGCCAUGAAAACGUCAGUAUCCUGUUUGCUGAUAUAGUGGGCUUCACCCAGCUGUCCUCAGCCUGUAGCGCACAGGAGCUCGUGAAGCUGCUUAAUGAGCUGUUCGCCCGCUUCGACAAACUGGCAGAACAACAUCACCAACUGAGGAUUAAGAUCCUUGGAGACUGUUACUAUUGCAUCUGUGGUCUUCCUGACUUCAGAGAUGACCACGCCGCCUGCUCCAUAAUGAUGGGCCUAGCGAUGGUAGACGCCAUCUCGUACGUGCGAGAGAAGACUCGAACUGAAGUGGACAUGCGCGUGGGCGUUCACUCAGGCACCGUGCUGGGAGGAGUGCUUGGGCAGAAGAGGUGGCAGUUUGACGUUUGGUCCACAGAUGUCACUGUAGCCAAUAAGAUGGAGUCUGGGGGGAUUCCUGGGAGAGUUCAUAUUUCCCAGACCACCAAGGACAGUCUGCACGGAGAAUUUGAACUGGAGCCGGGGAAUGGCGGAGAGAGGUGCGAGUACCUGCUGGAGAAAGGCAUUGAAACUUACCUGGUUCUGGUGUCUAAACAGAUGGUGAACGGGCUCAGUGGAAAUAAACCAGACAUGUUGUCCAACAGAAAUUCAAACCAGUUGAUCAACACUACAGCAACCAGUGGGAACGCAGCCUCACCCCAGUCCAUGCCCACUGAGUCUAAACAUGAGUCUCAGAGGAAUAAGAUGGUGGAGGAACAUGUGAUCAACAGACGACUGCAGCAGGAGCUGCUGGACAGAGAGAGUCAGAAAAUAAUGAAGGACCAUGAGAUCAACCCCGUGUCGCUGCGUUUCCUGGAUGGGAAGUUGGAGGAGCACUACUCCUCAGAGAAGGAGAAGCGAAGCGGAGUGGCCUUCUGCUGCUGCAUCAUAGUGCUCUUCUUCAUUACAGCCAUGGAGGUGUUCAUAGACCCACUGUUGGUUGUGAACUAUGUGACUCUGGCAAUAGGAGAGGUAUUGUUGCUUAUACUCACACUGUGCUCCCUGGCUGCUAUCUUCCCCAGGAUGUUCUCCAAGAGGUUGGUGUCUUUCUCAGUGUGGAUCGAUCGCACCCGGUGGGCCAGAAACACCUGGGCCAUGGCGGCCAUAUUUGUUCUUACAAUGGCUGUGAUCGCUGACAUGCUGAGCUGCGUUCCUCCGUCCCUGCGAGUCUUCAACAGCACCCAUGGCCCCGUGCUGGAGUCAUUUGGUGAUGGCGGUUGUUCAGAGAACCCAAAGCACUACAGCUUCAUGGCUGUGAUGUCACUCAUCGCCACCGCCAUGUUGGUGCAGGUCAGCCACCUGAUUAAGCUGGGACUCAUGGUGCUGGUCGUCACAGCAACCGGAGCGGUUAACGUCUACAGUUUGCGGGACAUUUAUGACCUGUAUGACUACAUACAGUUUGCCUCAUACAGAACAUCCAUAGUGCCGUCCAAGUACCUCAUGACCAUGAUGAUCAUUGUCAUGAUGAUUGGCUUCUACUUCUUUGCCCGCCAUGUGAGUCACUGUGCACCCACACUGUAUCACACUCUGCCGACCCACGGCCUGUCUGCUGCAGCCUUUAAAGUCAGACCUGCAGAGGAAAGCUUCCUUAUCCUGUUUGCUGAUAUAGUGGGCUUCACCCAGCUGUCCUCAGCCUGUAGCGCACAGGAGCUCGUGAAGCUGCUUAAUGAGCUGUUCGCCCGCUUCGACAAACUGGCAGAACAACAUCACCAACUGAGGAUUAAGAUCCUUGGAGACUGUUACUAUUGCAUCUGUGGUCUUCCUGACUUCAGAGAUGACCACGCCGCCUGCUCCAUAAUGAUGGGCCUAGCGAUGGUAGACGCCAUCUCGUACGUGCGAGAGAAGACUCGAACUGAAGUGGACAUGCGCGUGGGCGUUCACUCAGGCACCGUGCUGGGAGGAGUGCUUGGGCAGAAGAGGUGGCAGUUUGACGUUUGGUCCACAGAUGUCACUGUAGCCAAUAAGAUGGAGUCUGGGGGGAUUCCUGGGAGAGUUCAUAUUUCCCAGACCACCAAGGACAGUCUGCACGGAGAAUUUGAACUGGAGCCGGGGAAUGGCGGAGAGAGGUGCGAGUACCUGCUGGAGAAAGGCAUUGAAACUUACCUGGUUCUGGUGUCUAAACAGAUGGUGAACGGGCUCAGUGGAAAUAAACCAGACAUGUUGUCCAACAGAAAUUCAAACCAGUUGAUCAACACUACAGCAACCAGUGGGAACGCAGCCUCACCCCAGUCCAUGCCCACUGAGUCUAAACAUGAGUCUCAGAGGAAUAAGAUGGUGGAGGAACAUGUGAUCAACAGACGACUGCAGCAGGAGCUGCUGGACAGAGAGAGUCAGAAAAUAAUGAAGGACCAUGAGAUCAACCCCGUGUCGCUGCGUUUCCUGGAUGGGAAGUUGGAGGAGCACUACUCCUCAGAGAAGGAGAAGCGAAGCGGAGUGGCCUUCUGCUGCUGCAUCAUAGUGCUCUUCUUCAUUACAGCCAUGGAGGUGUUCAUAGACCCACUGUUGGUUGUGAACUAUGUGACUCUGGCAAUAGGAGAGGUAUUGUUGCUUAUACUCACACUGUGCUCCCUGGCUGCUAUCUUCCCCAGGAUGUUCUCCAAGAGGUUGGUGUCUUUCUCAGUGUGGAUCGAUCGCACCCGGUGGGCCAGAAACACCUGGGCUAUGGCGGCCAUAUUUGUUCUUACAAUGGCUGUGAUCGCUGACAUGCUGAGCUGCGUUCCUCCGUCCCUGCGAGUCUUCAACAGCACCCAUGGCCCCGUGCUGGAGUCAUUUGGUGAUGGCGGUUGUUCAGAGAACCCAAAGCACUACAGCUUCAUGGCUGUGAUGUCACUCAUCGCCACCGCCAUGUUGGUGCAGGUCAGCCACCUGAUUAAGCUGGGACUCAUGGUGCUGGUCGUCACAGCAACCGGAGCGGUUAACGUCUACAGUUUGCGGGACAUUUAUGACCUGUAUGACUACAUACAGUUUGCCUCAUACAGAACAUCCAUAGUGCCGUCCAAGUACCUCAUGACCAUGAUGAUCAUUGUCAUGAUGAUUGGCUUCUACUUCUUUGCCCGCCAUUUGGAGCGUCAGUCCAGGAAGCUGUUCCUGUGGAAGAUCGGCGUGCAUGACCAGAAGGAGAGGGUGUUUGAGAUGAGACGCUGGAACGAAGCGCUGGUCACCAACAUGCUGCCGGAGCAUGUGGCCAAACACUUCCUGGGCGCUAAGAAAAGAGAUGAGGAGCUGUACAGCCAGUCUUACAAUGAAAUAGGUGUGAUGUUUGCCUCCAUCCCCAACUUCUCUGACUUCUACACUGAGGAGAGCAUCAACAACGGAGGCAUCGAGUGUCUCCGGAUCCUCAACGAGAUCAUCUCAGACUUUGACAGUUUACUAGACAAGGAUGAGUUCCGCUGCAUCACUAAGAUCAAGACAAUAGGAAGCACCUACAUGGCUGCAUCAGGACUCACCCCAGAGAGCAACACCAACGGAUACACCAACCGCAAGCCAGACGACCAAUCACUGAUCGAGCACUGGCAGCACCUCGCUGACCUGGCAGACUUUGCCUUGGCUAUGAAAGUCACCCUCAACAACCUCAACAAACAGUCCUUCAACAACUUCAUGCUCCGAAUUGGUUUGAAUAAAGGGGGAGUUUUGGCCGGAGUUAUCGGGGCUCGUAAACCUCACUAUGACAUCUGGGGGAACACGGUUAAUGUAGCCAGCAGGAUGGAGUCCACCGGAGUGAUGGGAAACAUCCAGGUGGUGGAGGACUGCUAUGACAUCCUGAAGGAGUAUGGCUUCCGCUUCAUCCGAAGAGGGCCCAUAUUUGUCAAAGGUAAAGGGGAGCUGCUCACCUUCUUCAUGAAAGGAAAAGACAAACCCAGUGACAAUGGCGGCCCAGUGACCACUGCCCUUCCACAUCAAACUGGGGACCUUUCUUGACUGUUUUCACAUGAUGAAAAGCCGUUAACAUGUGGAUACGUCUGGGCAGAAUGUCCACUCUGCUCAGUUUCUCUCAUAUACACAGCUGUUUUUCAUACGCUCUGUAGCAAUGUAAAGCAUAUGGAAGUAGACCAACACAACAAAAUAAACCGUUAACUGUAAAAUACUGUUUCACCCACAAAGGAAUCUAAUAACAGAAACUGAUUUUGUAUAGUACGUAAUUCAGGAAUACAGGCGAUGAUCUGACAGAGCUCCUGCAGUAAAGAUUUUAUCAUUUUGGACUUGAUUCAUAGAGUGCUAUGAGAAUUACAAGCUUGGAACAGACAUAUAAAUUACAUUUUUUUUGUUUUACCUUGAGCUCAGGUUUUGUAAAAUAAUGUAGCUUAAUUGCACUGUAUUGAUACUGUGUUAAUAAAACAUGU